GAGAGAGAGAGAGAGAGAACGCAUGUUCCAACGAGAACAGCGAGAACAGCACUCUGCUCUACACGCUGUAGGAACCAAAGAAGAACUCAGAACUCCAAUUCAGAAUGUCUACCACAGUUGUUCCAGUUGAGAACAUGAAAAACUGCUUCACCAUCAUCAGCCAUGUGGUCCCAACACAGACAGCUGGAAACGAACAACACAGAGCAGCCGCUCCAGCAGGAGCUCCCACCUUCACAAGAAUCAGCGCUUUCCUGAAAGGAGAGCCGAAAGCUCUGGGGACCGUCCAAAUAAUGAUUGGCGUGGUGACGUUCCUAUUUGCUAUCGUGUUGACGGCCAACAUCAGCAACAUCUCUACCUACAGUGGAAUGUAUUACUGGGGAGCUCUGAUCUACAUCAGCGCUGGCAGUCUAGCCGUUGCAGCAGAGAACAAACUUCAUCCAUGUGUGGUAAAAGGCUCUCUAGGGAUGAAUGUGAUCAGUGCUAUAACUGCAGGAAUAGCCAUCGUUCUUCUGUCUUUAGACUUGGCUUUCGGACCAAUAAACUAUGGACCAUGCUAUCCUGAAUAUGACCACUAUUUUGAAUGCCAUACUGCCUUCAGAUUGUUUAAGAGCCGGAAUAAUGGGAUCACUGGAGUGUUGCUGUUUUUCUCUCUAAUUCAGUUCAUCAUCUCCAUCUGCAUCUCAGUAUUUGGAUGUAAAGUCAUUUGCAAUGAUGAAAUUCUAGAGCAAGCUGCAGUGAAUCUGUAUGCGGUUCCCAUUCCUGUCUCGAGUAUUGAGAACUCACAGUUGUGCUCCAACAUGGAACUCCCACCUGAAGAAAGCCCUCCAGCAUACACGGAGAAUGCCAACUGAACAUGAGCGCAAAAGACCAUUUCAGUUUCAUGGGUUAGCAAGAAAAUAAAUAAAAUUUCAUUUUAUUAGAAUAUAAUUUUCAAGGGAAGGUUCACUUUAAAAGAAAUUGAAUUAAUAAAUUAUUCUAUUCAUUAUUAACAUUUUAGGUGUUGCAUAUAAGAACAGCUUUAUACGAAAUUACCUUCCUUAAUAAUACUCCUGUAAUUUGGAAUGAUAUACAUUAUGUAGUGAAGGUGGACAUGGAGAUGGUUGGUGUGAAAGUAGAGGAGGCAGUGGAUAGGGCAAGAUGGAGGCAGAUGAUCCGCUGUGGCGACCCCUAAAGGGAGCAGCCGAAA